AUGGCGGCGCUCGUGAUGAGAUGCUGUCUGAGAGCAGUUGCCAUUAACUGUCCUAGCCAUAUUUUCUCCAGAAUUGGUAAACAUUCUGCAGUGCUACCUACUUUUGCUAACUCAUUGAUCUCUAAUAGACCCUUUUCUGCAAAGAAACAGUCCAGUAAAACAAAAUCCAAAAGUGGCACCAAAGGGAAAACCUCUGAACCGGAACCUGUCCAAAAAAAGAAACGUUACAAACCAGUCUUGCCGUGCGGGCCAACAGAUGACGUCUACUUGACGUGGUGCUACCAGAGACCGAUUUAUGAAGCAGAAACGGCUGUAGAGAUGCUGAAGAAGUUUCAGCAACUGGACUUUACUAACCCCAAGCAGUAUGUGUAUGCUGAUAUCACCCUGGAUAUGUCAAUGGACAAGAAGAAACCAGUGGAGCCGUUUGAUGCUGUUGUUCUUCUACCCCAUCAAUUUGUGGAUGACCUCCACAAGGUUUUGGUAUUCACAGAGAAUACAGAUGAAGCUGUUCUAGCAAAAGAAAAUGGAGCUGCGUUUGUAGGAGGGUUCGAAUUAGUGAAGCCCAUUUUAGAUGGUGAAAUCCAAGCAGACUUUUAUGUAGCCGUGCCUCCAAUGUUACCCAAGCUUAACAGCUUAAGGACCGUACUGAAAGACAAGCACCCGAGGUCUAGAAACGGGUCUGUUAGCCACGACAUUCUGAAGAUGCUCAACUUCUUCAAAGUAUGCCACGAAUACAGAGUUGAGAAAAAUAACAUCAUCAGCAUGAGGAUCGCAAAGCUGGAUAUGCCGAAUGAUCAGAUACUUGCCAAUCUGGAUGCGGUUAUUAAGGACGUGUGUAAACACAAACCUUUGAGCUAUGGCUCCUUCGUGACGCGCUUGAUUAUUCGGAGUGCAACCAGCGAAGGGUUAGAUUUAAAGUUUGAGCGCUUUGUCCCGCAAGAAGCUUUGAAAGGAAAAGAGGAAGAGAAAGCCAAAGAAGAGGAGGAUGAAGACAGUGGUGAGGAAGGAGAGAUGCGGGAGUCCCAGUAA